AUGCUCAACUUUCGCUCUCUUUUCUCCAAAUCCAAAUCCAAAUCCAAAAUCGCCAGCACAGGUUUUCUGCUUCGUACCGCCACUACAUCCCAAUGCCUCUACACCAACGUUACCACCCUCCACACUCCCGAUGCUAACAAUUCUCAUCAUCCAUUUUCUCGUCGCUAUUCUCACCGCGCCUUCUCAUUCUCUAAGCCACCUGCACGUGCCAGGGCUCCGACUUCUCGGACUUUCUGCGCCGCCUCGACUGACAGGGACUCCAUCGAGUACGACGUCGUUAUCGUCGGUGCCGGUCCCGCCGGCUUAUCGGCGGCGAUUCGCCUCAAACAAAUGUGCCGCGAAAGAAACGCCGAUUUGUCCGUCUGUGUCCUCGACAAAGGUGCCGAAGUUGGUGCUCACAUUAUUUCUGGAAACGUUUUUGAACCUCGCUCACUGAAUGAGCUUCUUCCGCGGUGGAAGGAGGAAGAGGCUCCGAUCACUACUCCUGUUUCUUCUGACAAGUUUUGGUUUCUGACCCAAGGUCGUGCAAUUUCGCUUCCGUCUCCUUUCAGCAACAAAGGCAACUAUGUAAUAAGUCUAAGUCAGUUAGUACGUUGGAUGGGAGCAAAAGCUGAAGAGUUAGGAGUGGAAAUAUACCCAGGAUUCGCUGCUAGUGAGAUAUUGUAUGAUGCAAACAACAAAGUUAUUGGUAUUGGAACUAAUGAUAUGGGAGUUGCAAAAGAUGGUUCAAAGAAGGAAAAUUUUCAACGUGGCGUUGAGAUCAAAGGGCGCAUAACACUUCUGGCUGAGGGAUGUCGGGGAUCAUUGUCAGAGAAAAUAAUGAAAAAGUACAACCUAAGAGAGAAGGGAGGUGCAGAACACCAGACAUAUGCUUUGGGAAUUAAAGAGGUUUGGGAAAUUGAUGAGGAAAAACAUCAACCUGGUGCUGUAAUCCACACUUUGGGAUGGCCUUUGGAUCAUAAGACAUAUGGAGGAUCUUUUCUGUAUCACAUGAAAGAUAAUCAAAUAUCUAUAGGCCUUGUGGUUGCUUUAAACUAUCAAAACCCUUUCUUGAAUCCGUAUGAGGAAUUUCAGAAACUUAAGCAUCAUCCUGCAAUUAAACAAUUUCUGGAAGGUGGAACAGUUAUCCAGUAUGGAGCUCGCACUUUAAAUGAAGGUGGUUUUCAGUCUAUCCCAUAUCCAGUUUUCCCUGGAGGAGCAAUUAUUGGAUGUUCAGCUGGCUACAUGAAUGUGCCUAAGAUAAAAGGAACUCACACAGCAAUGAAAUCAGGAAUGCUUGCAGCUGAAGUUACAUUUAGUGCACUGAAUGAAGGCCUAGAUAUGGAUACAUAUUGGGAUGCUUUGAGGAAUUCUUGGAUUUGGGAAGAAUUAUAUAAAUCUCGGAACUAUCGACCGGUUAGUGAAGCAAUUAAUUUCUAUUUUGGUUUUUAUUGUGUUCUUCCUUUGUUUCUGUCACUGCCUUACGUCCGUGCCUUUGAAUACGGACUUAUUCCAGGACUGGCCUUAAGUGGUCUGGAACAUUACAUAUUCAAGGGGAGACACUCAUUUACUUUGAAGCAUGGUAAACCUGAUCAUGAAGCUACAAGUGCUGCAAGGUUGCAUUCUCCAAUUCACUAUCCAAAGGCUGAUGGUGUCUUGUCCUUUGAUGUACCUUCGUCUCUGCACAGGAGCAACACAAAUCAUGAGCAUGAUCAACCUCCUCAUCUUCGUUUGAGAGACCCGAAAACUCCCGAACUUAUAAAUUUACCGGUGUAUGCUGCACCUGAAUCGAGAUAUUGUCCUGCACGAGUAUAUGAGUAUGUUGCGGAUGAGCAGAAUCAGAUGAAGUUGCAAAUUAAUGCACAAAAUUGCUUACAUUGCAAGGCUUGUGAUAUCAAAGAUCCAAAGCAAAACAUUGAGUGGACAGUGCCUGAAGGGGGUGGAGGCCCAGGAUACUCCGUCAUGUAG